CACACACACACACACACACACACACACACACACACACACACACACACACACUCACACUCACUCACUUCCAUGUCUGUGUGCAUGCUCGCGCGCAUAUGCUCGCACGCGCCAUAUUGCACCCAUGAUCAUAAUUGCCUUUCCAUGUUUCUAUGGAAUUUGGAGCGGGGUGGGUGUCGUGGCCACCCCGCACACCCUGAGCCACACACACGCUGGGUGUCGUGGCCACCCCGUACACCUGCGCCACACACAUGCUGGGGUGUCAUGGCCGUCCCCCACACCUGUGCCACACAUGCUAGUUGUCGUGGUCGCCCUGCACACUCGUCCACACGCCAGUGUUUCUUGGCCUCCCCAUUCACCCGGUCCUUACACCUGCUGGUUGUCGUGGCCGUCCUAUUCACCUGCCAGACGCACCUGUGUUUCGUGGUCGUCCCAUUCACCUGCCCCCGACAAAGCUGCCUUUUGCACGACCCGCAUGGCUCUCUUCCUCCCUGAUUUUGGGGGGUCGACGCUGGGCGAGGUGAUGGUGAGUCUAGGGCAGCUCGAAGCCUCCAGCAAAUGUCUUCAGACUGCCAUAGAGAUGGAGGCCAAGUCCCCCAUCCUCCCCUUCACCUCUAUCCCCUUCUGCUUCGAGUAGCGGUGGCGCUCCCCGUUCAUCUGGUCGACGUUCCUCUGUUUGUAGGUUUAUGUAGUUCCUCUUUUGAGAUAUAUAGGAGAAUAUUAUUGUGCCAGACUUGUGAUUGACACGUGUGUGCCCAUCUUACCGAGGGAGCCACG